GAGACUAGACUGGAGACCUGGGGGCAGGCUGUGACUCUCCACAGCCCAGCAACUGCUCUGUUCUGCGGUCUGUCUGGCCUGGGCCUGGGGCUGCCCUAGAGGCCGAGCCUGCAGCCGGCUGGCCAACAUCUGGUCUCCUGCACAUGUGGGCCUUUUCCUGCUCCCGCCACCCGCUAGCCUGUGGGGAGCCCUCUCCAGCCCCACCCGAGGGGCCCUGGGGUGGUGGAGACCACACUAUCGAGUGACUUCCCCCCUUCCCCCACGCACCUCAUCUGUGGAAAACGCUUCCAGCUUCCAUGGGCAUCUAGCCCAGGAGGACAGAGGCUCACACCCAGGUCCUAUGUACCCUCCUGGCCCACAGCACACACGUGGACGUGCAUGCCUGGUUCAGAGCUCUAGCACCUGAAGAAAGAAACACCACGCGUGCUGCUAGACCCUGUUCCACAUUGGGUCCACGUGUGCCAAAUACUCUGCAGAGGGUGUGCACGUCACACGUGCACAUAGAUGUAUGUACACACAGUGCGGGAAGACACGCGCGCACACAGCUCAGGUGUGGAGGGGUGUGCACUGGGCAGCCGCCAACUGUGAGCUCAGCCUCCCACACCCCCGGGGCUGGGGAGCAGGUGCCUGCUGUGCCAGGGGCCCCAGAGGCUGACAGCAGCAUCACCUGGCGCAGCACCGGCCCCUCCCCUCCCCUACGCAUCCGUCUGGAGGACGUCGCUGCAGCAGCGUGUGGCAGAGUGCUGUGUGAGGGGGCCAUGGAGGGGAGCGAGGACACCAGCGUCCCUGCCCUGCCACACCCCUGUGUGCCGGCGCCCAGCUGCAGGGGCUGAUGGGCUUGGCGGUCUGGACCCCUGGUAUCCGCAGCACUGGGCGCCUGGUCUACUUCCCCUGGAUGCAACAGCUGUUGGGACCCAGAGCAGCUUGCCUCGGCCGCAGACAGUUGCACGCAGCUUGCCCUGGACCCACUGUCUGUGACCCCAGCACCCUGCUGCCAGGAAAACUGCCACACACCACAUAGCCAUGGGCCGCAGAGCAGGUGGCUUGGUGAGCCCUGGCCUCACCCUCCUCGUGUGGCUCACUGCCCACUGCCCUCGUCCCCAGGGAGAGUCGGACGCCAGCAGGGCUGACCUGUGGGCCAGUGCCAACACCUCCAUCCUGCAAGGCUUCUGGUGCCAGCCGGCCAGCCAGCUGCCCCGGGACCAGCUUUCGGCUCUCAUCAGGAGGGUGGACCCACAGCAGGCGCCCCUCAAAGCCUGGCAGCUCAGCUGCCUGGCCAACCUGGCCACCUGGCAUGGCCUCCAGGAUGACUUCGCACUCCACCCCCCCGACCUGCUGCUCUUCUACAACCUGACACAGGUGAGGAAAGCUGACCGCCGGGCCUUCACACGCCGCGCCGCCCAGGGGCACACGGAGCUGCUGGCCAACCUGCCGGACCAGAGGGCUGCCCUGCAGCGUAUGGCCCUGGCCUGCCUGGGGGGGCCACACCCCCGGCUCAGCGCCUCUGACCUGAUGUUCCUUGGAGUCCUGGUGUGCGACCUGGAUGCAUCCCACCUCGUGGCCGCAGACCCCUGCGUGCUUCAGAGUCUGCAGCGCUGCCCCCGGCUGACCACCACCCAGCAAGCUGCCCUCAACACGCUACUGGCCAGUGGGAGGACCACGCUUGGGCCCCCGGGCUCCUGGAACGUCGAGGGGUUGCAGGCUCUGGGACCCCUGGCCACCUACAUCAGCCCUGGCCUGUGGGUGCAGGUUCGGGAGGUCGUGGGCCUGGACUUCUUUGGCAGCAUGGUGGCCAUGUGCCGGGAGGGCCAGCUCAGCCAACACGAUGCCAGGCGCUUCGUCACAGGCUUCCUGGAGGCCCAGGCCAAGGCGGCGACCCUCCGGCCCAAGCGAGGCACAGCCACAGGGAACCCCUGCACCCGCGACAGCAUCUCAGCAGCCACGCUGCGCGACGACCUCUUCCUGGUGCGCUACAGCUGCUCACAGCUCGAGGGCUGCCUGGGUGGCCAUGUGCUCAGGGCCAACCUGGAGCCCCUGCUGCAGCAGCCCCUGCCCGCCGAGUGCCAGCGCGUCAUCAAGGCCAAGCUGGCUCGAAUCUACCCGAGUGGGGUCCCCGAGGAGCAGCUGCGGGUCAUCGCCUCGCUGGUGUACCUCUACUCCCGUGCCGAGAUCGGCCAGUGGAACAUCACCUCCAGAGACACAGUCACGGCCCUGCUGGCCCCCGACGUGGCCCUGGACAACCAGACCGAGGCUGUGCUGCAGAAGUUCCUGGACCAUAACGGCACCCUCACCGGGCCCCUGCUCAUAGCCAUCGGGGGUGCCCGUCUCUGCUGGAUGAGCCCCCUGCAGAUCCAGGCCAUCAGGGCCUCGGAGUUCCGGCUGGCUGGGGCCCUGGACAUCUCCUCCUGCCCUCAGAGCCGGAAGGACGUGCUCUAUGCCAAGGCCCGAGAGGCCUUCGGCAGCGCCGGGACCACAGCCGCCUACUACCGCUUCAUGCGCCCCUACCUCGGUGAGACCCUGCCCAGCAUGCGGGGCUCCCCUCCUCUGGGGCGCCGCCCGCCCCCUCUCACCGCUGCCCGGCCCCCAGGCGGAGCCCCCGUGGAGGAGCUGCAGCACCUGGCCCAGGCGAAUGUCACCAUGGACAUCGACACCUUCACCAACCUGAACCCCCGAGUGCUGCAGAGCCUGAGUGUGGGCAGUGUGACCACGCUGCUGGGCCAGAACGUGGGGGACCUGCAGAAGGCCCGUAGCCACCCGACCGUCAGCUCCUGGCUCCGCAGCCUCAACAGGUCAGCCCUGGGCGAGCUGGGCCUAGACACGGACGCCACUGGCCCCACUGGCCCAGCCCACUCUACCACCAGGACCCCCAACACCACCCCUUGGGGGCCGCAUGCAGCCCCCACCACAGGCCAGCCCGGGAAUGAUGCCCCUACCUCGGGCAACCCACCAGCCCACCCAGGGUGCCUGCCGCUCGCUGUGGCCCUGCCCUCCGGCCUCCUGUGGCUGCUGUACUGGGGCACCCAGGGGCCCGGCCGGUAUUGCUCCCAGGGCGCCUGUGCCAUGGCCUCCAGAGAUGGUGCUUCCCCAGCCCCACACACAGGGAAACCAGGGCUGGCGGGUGGAGCCACACCCCUGCCCAGACCGAGGGGCCGGGCCUGAUGAUGGACUGAGGAUGCCGGCCCGCUCAGGGCCACACUGUCUGGCCUCUGGCCUCCUGCAAGGAGAAGGGCUGGGGCUGGUGGGGGGCUUUGCUGACUGACCUGAAUAAAGGACA